CCCAUAAGGAAUUACGCAAGCGCAGAAUUUUACGUUUAAGCUAUCUUUGGUGACUUUAGCACACGCAGGCGCAAGGAAUUCGAGGCGGCAGCCGAAGCUUUCGUGUUAGUGUAUUUAUCUGCUGUGGCUGAUGCUAAGUUCAUCUACUCGGUGUGUCUGAUGUUCCGGUGAAGGCAGAUAAGGUCAGAAUACUGCCGUAUAUAUUUAAACUUUACUUUGCAAUCAGCAUCCAGCCAUGGCAGAAAAAGCAAACAAUUUUCCACCUCUACCCAAGUUUAUUCCAUUAAGACCGUGUUUUUACCAAGAUUUCAAUGAAGACAUUCCUGAACAGCACCGUACCAUGGUGAAGCGAAUUUACUAUAUUUGGAUGUUGAACAGCAUCACCUUGGCAGUGAAUCUAAUUGGCUGCUUGGCAUGGUUGAUUGGAGGAGGUGGAGCAACUAAUUUUGGACUCUCCUUUAUCUGGCUUGUUCUCUUCACUCCUUGCUCAUAUGUCUGCUGGUUUAGACCUCUUUACAAAGCUUUCAAGUCAGACAGUUCCUUUAAUUUCAUGGCAUUCUUCUUCACAUUUAUGGCUCAACUCGUGAUACUUGUUAUCCAAGCUGUUGGAAUUCCUGGAUGGGGUGUCUGUGGCUGGAUUGCAACAAUUACCUUUUUUGGAACGAACGUUGGUGCUGCAGUAGUCAUGCUUAUUCCCACCAUCAUGUUCACAGUGCUUGCAGUCAUUUCUUUCAUCAUUCUUGGCAAGGUUCACCGAUUUUACCGUGGCAGUGGAGGAAGCUUUAGUAAAGCACAAGACGAAUGGACCACUGGAGCAUGGAAAAAUCCUCAUGUGCAACAGGCAGCCCAAAAUGCAGCAACUGGGGCAGUUCAGGGGGCUAUGACGCAUCCAGAAACACAAUACUCUGCUACACCCAACUAUGGUUAUUCUGGUCAAAUGUAAAGAUGGGUACACAUGUCAGUCAUGAAGUGGAGUAAAUGACAGGGUGUUUAACUAGAGGACCAUUUUUUUUUUGGUUUUGUAAUUUUUUUUUUUUAUUUUUAUUUAUUUUUUUUAUUCUGUACUUUAAUGGCCAGUUAAACAGACUAACCAGCUUAUGGUGUGUGAUAGUAGUGUGUUAGUGUUUACUGUGUAACAGUGUGGAACUGUAAUAGUGGCAGUUGAGAUUUGUUUUUAAAUGGCACUACAGAGAUGCAUUAAAUGGUCUAAAUAUUUCCUCUUCAUUUAAUCAGGGAAGGCCAGAAUUUGUUCAGUUGCAAAAUCCAUUUUAAUAAAACUUCAGGGCAUUGUUUGAGUCUGGGAACUUUUGAUCAGGGAAGCAGUGCCCUAGAGCAAGUUGUAGAACUUGUAUUAUUCAUGUGAAUUAAUGUGAAGUAAUGUAUUCUUGGAUUUAGUAUAAUGUUUGACUUUCAUGCAGAAGUUGAAGAUUAUCUCUGUUAUGGUACUUUACAGAUUAACUUUACUGAUAAAGGAAAACUUAAAUGCUUAUUGUCAUUUGAGAAAUGUCUAUACAGCUCAAAAGGAAAGAGUGGAGAUGUUCUUCAUUCCACAUUGCUGCAGUCCUAACUAUUGGG